AUGCAUAGGAAACAGAUUUUGGAAUUGCAAACAAGUGUAGGUAUCACUAUCACUGAGCUAGAGGACAUUAAAGAGAAGAUUAUAGACUUAUAUAAGGGGUUGAUUAGGGAUUAUAAGUCCAACCUACCUGCUGUUGAUGUGCAUGUUAUGAGACAAGGGCCAGUUCUUACUCAGGAACAAAAGAUUGAGCUCUGUAAAGCAGUAACUGGGGAAGAAAUAUAUAAAGGACUGUGUGAUAUUGGGGAGGACAAAGCACCUGGAGUAGAUGGGUACAAUGCCUGUUUUUACAAGAAAGCUUGGGGGGCGAUCAAAGAAGAUAUUAUCCAAGCUGUGCAACAGUUUUUUCAAUCUGGUAAAUUGCUUAAAUCCUUUAACUGUACUACUGUAACUCUGAUUCCUAAGGUUACCAAUCAAAUAAUUGUUAAGGAGUAUAUGCCUAUUGCCUGUUGCACUGUGGUGUAUAAGUUGACAACUAAGGUGUUAGGUGCUAGGAUGCAGGAUGUUAUGGCUUCUGUCAUAAGCCAAGCUCAAUCAGGUUUUAUACCAAGCAGGAAAAUAGCUGAUAACACCUUUCUUGCCAAAGAAUUAGUCAAAGAGUGUGUACACGCUGUUAAUUAUUCUAUACUUGUCCAUGGAGAACCAGCACCUCCUUUUGAUGCAAAGAAAGGGCUGAGACAGGGAGAUCCUAAAUCUCCUUAUUUGUUUGCUAUUGCCAUGGAAUAUCUAAGUAGAUUGUUGGGUGGUCUUAGGAGUAAUAAGGGGUUUAAAUAUCAUCCUAAAUGUAGUAAAUUGGGAGUCACUUAUAUGUGCUUUGCUGAUGACUUGCUCUUAUUUGCAAGAGGGGAUCUGUCUUAUAUUAAAGCCCUUUAUCAAUGUUUUAUGGUCUUCUCUGGUACCUUUGGUCUACAGGAAAAUAUGAGCAAAAGCUGUGUUUAUUUUGGUGGAGUUGCUUCUGUGGAUAGGCAAAAUAAAUUACAACAGUUGGGUUUCAGUGAAGGAGAGCUGCCUUUUAAAUAUUUAGGUAUUCCAUUAACUACUGGGAAGCUAUCAUUAGUACAAUGGAUUCCUUUAAUAGAGAAAAUUGUUGCUAGAAUUACCUCUUGGAUUGUGCUUAAGCAUAUUGAUGCUUAUUGUAGAUCAUAUGUGUGGUCUGGUGCUAAUGCUAUAACUAAGAAGGCCUUAGUUGUUUGGGACAGAGUUUCCCUUCCUAAAACAGGAGGUGGUUUGAAACUUAUCGAUAUUUACUUACAGAACAAAGUUGUUUUAAUAAAAACUUGUUGGGAUUUGGCAAAUAAACAAGAUAAAUUGUGGAUUAGAUGGAUACAUGCCUUUUAUGUUAAGGGGAAAGAAUUCUUCCAUGCUUUAGUACAAAAACAUGCUUUAUGGAUGGUGAGAAAGUUGUUUGAAAUGAGAGAUACAUUGCAGCAGAUCCAAAUACAACCAGUAACCUCCCACAGUAUUAUCAAACAAAUCUACUUGCAGCUCCUUGGUGACAGGCCAAAAAUUCCUUGGAAGUGUCUGGUUUUCCAUAACUCAACAAGACCAAAAGCUCAAUUCACCAUGUGGUUACAGAUCCAGGGUCGGUUACUCACUGCAGAUAGACUGAAUAGCUGGGGAAUAGAUGUGGAUUUGACUUAUGUUCUGUGUGGAACUCAGCAGGAAAGCACAGAUCAUUUAUAUAUCCAGCGUACCUUUUUCCUUGCAAGUAUGGCACAAGAUCAUAACGUGGAUAAGGCAGUCUCACUUUAA